GGCGCACGUCGCGCCCGGCGCAGAGUCGGCGUCGGAGCGCAGGCGGCGCGGGCGGAGCAGGCAGGCGGCUCGCGGUCCCCGCAGCCCAAACGGGGCGCAGCGAGCGGGGCGCGGCGAGAGGGUAACGGGCCCCUCCGCCUCCCCUUAGAAGCCUGCGUCUUCGGGCACCUCCGGCUGCGGGUGGUGGGACGUCCUUAGGCUUCCUUCCGGGACUGGCAGGUCUGGGGCUGGCGGGCAGGACUCAGCCGGAGAGCCCUUGGCGUGGGGAAAAGGAGUGACUGCUUUUCUUUCCUCAUUUUUGGAAGCCCUGCCUAGCACACGGCUGCUGCGGACACCCCAGUUCCUCGAUGGACGAAGACAGCCAGCUGCCCCCGCCCCAAGACCAGGGCUGCUGGGCCAGACUGCCCGAUGUGUGCCUGCGGCGCGUCUUCUGGUGGCUGGGAGACAGGGACCGGUCCCGGGCCGCGCUGGUCUGCAGGAAGUGGAACCAGGCGAUGUUCUCGGCCGACCUGUGGAGGUACAGGACCAUCACGUUCAGCGGGCGGCCCUCCCGGGUGCACGCGUCGGAGUUCGCGUCCGCGCUCUGGUACGUCAAGAAGUUUGGCCGCUACCUGGAGCACCUGGAGAUCAAAUUCCUGAACCCGUACAACGCCGUCCUGACCAAGAAGUUCCAGGUCACCAUGCGGGGCCUCCUGUCGUGCCUGGGCAAGAACAACAGCCGUCUGAGGUCGCUGUCCGUGCAGCACCUGGAGCUGGACCGCCUGGUCUGGCGCAGCAGCACCCGAAGCUCCUUCCUCAAGAGCCUGAGCUGCUUCCUGAAGAAGGUGGGGAAGCACCUGAGCUGCCUGAGCCUCAAGGGUGCGCGGCUGACCGUGGAGCAGGGCUGUGGGCUGCUGGGCGCCCUGAGCCACCCACGUGGCGAGAGCGCUGUGUCGCAGCUCAACCUGGAGGACUUCUUCAGCCACCACCUGGCCGUGUACAGCAGCGCGCGCUUCCGCAGCACCAUGGCCGCCUUCCGUGGCCUCUCAUCCCUCACGCUCAACUACAGCUGCGUGUCGGACGAGCUGCUCGAGGCGCUGUGCCAGAGCAGCGCUGGCACCCUGUGGGCCCUGAACGUCAAGUGCCAUAUCCACGACCCCCAUGGCCAGGUCAUCUGGGGCAUGUCCUGGGCCAAGCUGGCCAGGCAUGCCACCAACCUGAAGGUGAACUUCUUCUUCGAGCGCGUCCUGAAGUACGAGCGCCUGGUCCGCAUCCUCCUGCCGGAGGUCCCUGUGCGCAGCCUCAGCCUGCGGAGCUGCUACUUCAGCGACCCCGACUGGUCCAUGCGGCCCACACUCACCCACCUCCUGCCCACCUUCCGCCACACUCUGCAGAAACUGACGUUUGAGUUCAACAACCACCACGAGUCCCUGGACGAGGAGCUGCACCUGCUGGUCUUGUCGUGCCGGAAGCUGCUGUACUUGAAGAUCUGGGCUUUCCUGGACGUCAAGUUUGUGGAGAGAGUCCUGAAGAGUCAGGAGGAAGGGCAGUGCGCGCUGCGCACUCUCAAGGUGAGGAUCUACACGAACAGAUACGAGACGAACGACGAGGACCGGACGCUGCGCGAGAUCCACAGGAAGUACCGGAAACUCAUCGACGCGGAGCUCAACUACCUGGUCAUCGCGUACCCCAUGAUGUAGCGAGCGCCCCGAGUGCGUCCCCGGCGCCCCGCCCUCCCCGGCUCGCCCGGCUCCCUUUUGCGGGUCCCGCCCCGGCCCGCACCCCGCGAAGGCUGCGACCCGCCGUGGCGGACUUAAAAGUGCUAUCUUUAC